UCAGUUUUCGUGCGAACGCCGAGGCGGGUAAAUGUGCGCAGUCGAAGAUCGAAAGGACCUUAAGAUGGGGCCCAAACUCUUGUGCCUGGCUGUACUCGCCUUCCACCUGGCCGAUGCCGUGGUGCAACACCGAUCCUUGGAGGACGCUCGCCUGGAGCGCCAGAGAUUGGUGCACAGGUACAUAAAGGUCCUCAACAAGGAGGAGGGAGCCAUUCGACUGGUGGGCGGAGAUAACGAAUACGAAGGCAACAUUGAGGUCCUGCACAAUGGCAAAUGGGGAGCUGUUUGCGAUGACGAGUGGGAUGCCGUUGAAGGUGACAUUGUGUGCCGACAGCUGGGUUUCCCCGGAAUGAGGAGGUACACCAGAAGCGGCUUCUUUGGACCCGCUCGUCGUCGCUUCUGGAUGGACAACCUCUUCUGCGAAGGUCACGAGCAGGAGCUAGUGAAUUGCCAUUUCGAGGGAUGGGGCGAGAACGAUUGUGAGCCCGGGGAGGCGGCUGGCGUGGUGUGCUAUCCGCCGGAAAAUGCCCAGAUCCCUGCACCAUCGCCCAUCCUCAGGGAUGAAGACCUGCCCAAGUAUCCAAUUCGAUCACGUUCCCGUUUAUAUGUGAGAUUGCGUGGCGGCAGGUCUAGAAUUGAGGGCCGAGUGGAGGUCAGCUUGGAUGGCGGUCGAUGGGGCAGUGUGUGCGCCGAUGGCUGGUCGCUUUUGGAGGCCAAUGUCGUGUGUCGACAACUCGGCUUGGGCUACGCCAGUGAGGCCUUCCAAACGGACUUCUUCGGCGGCUCCAAUGUAUCAAGACCCGUGCUGAGUGGCAGCGAAUGCUAUGGCAACGAAACGGAACUGGCCGACUGCCUGCAUCACGAUGCCAGUCAGGGGAUAGUCAGCUGUCAUGGCAACCGGCAACACGUGGCCGCCGUGAUCUGUGACUAUUUCGCCCCCGAUCUGGUGAUGGACUACCUGGAAAUCGAGCAGACAGCCCAUCUGGAGGACCGACCCAUGCUGCUGAUGCAGUGCGCCAUGGAGGAGAACUGUGUGGCCAACGAGGCGUAUCAAAUCCAGCGGGAUGAUCCCCACUGGCGGUACCGAUCUAGGCGGCUGCUCAAGUUCACAGCAGCUGCCAUCAACGCGGGCAACGCCGAUUUCCGGCCAUUUAAGGAGAAGAGCCAGUGGGAGUGGCACAUGUGCCAUAUGCACUUCCACAGCAUGGAGGUUUUUGCUACCUUUGACAUCUUCGAUUUGCGAGGACAUAAAGUGGCCCAAGGACACAAGGCCUCCUUUUGCCUGGAGGACAGCAAUUGCCUGCCUGGAGUUUCGAAGAAAUACAGUUGUGCCAAUUACGGAGAUCAGGGCAUAUCCAUUAACUGCUCGGACGUGUAUCUCUACAAUCUGGACUGCCAAUGGGUGGAUGUAACAGACCUGAGUCCCGGCUCGUAUGUUCUCAAGAUAGCCAUUAAUCCAGAGUUCAAGGUGGCCGAAAUGAACUAUGAUAAUAACGCUGCCAUCUGCGAUCUGAUAUACACUGAAAACUUUGCCAGGGUGCAAAACUGCCAGCUGGGAAGACCUUGAAGGGUGGAAGGUUAGGAUUAAGUGGGCGGUGGACUGGAACCAAAUCAAAAAGUGCCAAAUACUAUGAAUAACCAAAGGGAGCUUGUACAUUUCCUACGUUUCUAUCUGUUUAACCUUAACUCGUAUGCGAAUUAAUUAAAAGUGCACAUCCUAAAGGUC